AUGAAGUUCCUGGCUGUCACCCUUGCCACCAUUGCAGUUGUUGCAGCUGCCCCCAUCUCUCCCACCGCCCAGGCUGUGCUCGGCGCCUGCUCCACCCAGUGCGACAUGAGCGCUUUCGCAUACACCAACACCUCGGACACGCGCCAGCAGCUCUGUUCGGCCGAGGGCCGCGCCAAGAUGGACGAGUGCGCCCGCUGCAUCGACGACACAUGGUCGUUCUCGACGUACGAGGAGAGCGCGCGGUUCGAGUACAAGGCCGUGCUUGCCGCUUGCGACCUCCCAGACGACGACGAUAUCUAA